CUUUGGACCCUCGGUGUUGAAUGCACAAUCCAUUGGAGACAACAAGAGGGGACUCCACCGAGCCCCCUUACAGCCAGGCCCGUUAUGAAGAAAUCGCCAAGGAAGUGAGCACUUACAUCAAGAAGAUCGGCUUCAACCCCGCCACCGUGGCCUUUGUCCCCAUCUCUGGAUGGCACGGAGACAACAUGAUGGAAGCCAGUGAAAAGAUGACAUGGUUCAAGGGAUGGAAGGUUGAGCGUAAGGAGUGGGGAUAUAGCAGUGGAAUCACUCUGCUGGAGGCUCUCGAUGCCAUCCUGCCCCCAUCCCGCCCCACCGGCAAGCCCCUCCGUCUGCCCCUGCAGGACGUCUACAAAAUUGGCGGUAUUGGAACUGUGCCCGUGGGCCGGGUUGAGACCGGUACCCUGAAGCCUGGUAUGAUCGUCACCUUUGCUCCUGUUAUGCUCACCACUGAGGUGAAGUCUGUUGAGAUGCACCACGAGUCUCUGACUGAGGCUUUGCCCGGUGACAACGUCGGGUUUAACGUCAAGAACGUGUCCAUUAAAGAGAUCCGCCGUGGAUUCGUGGCUGGCGACAGCAAGAACGAUCCACCCAAGGGAGCUGACAACUUCACUGCCCAGGUGAGUCUGAAGAAAUUAAAUAAAAGGGAUAUAAAGUAAUAUUAACCGUCCUUUU